GAAAUAGCAACAUGAAGGUCAAAAUUAAGGUCUGACUACUUGUUAGUGCCUAUGACUUUGGUGUAACCAUGCCGUCGCACUGUUCCUAGCCAGUGUGCUUAUGAGAGGCAUUCAUCCCGAGAAUAUUAAAAAUGGCAGAUGUUCAGGGGGUGAAUGCCUCUCAUAAACACACUUGCUAAUUAGCACGGUGGGCAAAAGAGACAGCAAAUUUGGCCACGUACAUAUAACUUCCUGUCGUUAGUUUGGAAUAUCACGAAACUCCCUCACAGGAUAGAACUUAACAUUCCUAAAAAUCGUAUGUUUUUUGUUUUUCAAUUUUGUUACAUUUUGGUGGGAAAAUGACAUGCCAACUUUGGUGCCAAAAAAUUAAACACGAGCUAAGAACAUGCUAGUAACUUUUUUGAAAAGAUUGUCCUAUAAGGAUGUCAAAACUGUUUAAAAAUACAACAAGGCAGUGCGAAGAUAUGGCGAUUCAAAGUUCUAUUUUUACUGAAAAAUCAGCCAUUUUGUUACUAAAAAUAGAUUUUUUUCGAAUUUUGAAUCGCCAUAUCUUCGCACUGCCUUGUUGUAUUUUUAAUGUUUUUACAGUUUCGAGAUCUCUUCAAAAACGUUACUAGCUUGUUCUUAGCUCGUGUUUAAUUUUUUGGUGCCAAAGUUGGCACGUCAUUUUCCCGCCAAAAUGUAACAAAAUCGAAAAACAAAAAACAUAUGAUUUUUAGGAAUGUUAAGUUCUAUCCUGUGAGGGAGUUUCGUGAUAUUCCAAACUAAUGACAGAAAGUUAUAUGUACGUGGCCAAAUUUGCUGUCUUUUUUGCCCACCGUGAGAAGAUGAAUACAUUUUGAUGAUCAACAGUUACACCUUUGUUGGCCGAGUCUGACUUCUCUAUAGUCUCUAUUAGGCCAUGGGAAUGAAAGUCAUAGAUUUGCGUCUGGAUAAUUUUGAAAAAGCAUGCGGCUUUUUUUCAUUAUUCAUUACUGGUAUUCAUUAUUUUUUUACCAUUGUUUUGGGUGGUAAAUACAGAGAUAAAAACACGAAUUACCGUUCACGCCGUGGAAUUACAUAUAUCACAAGCUCACAUGGUCGCAGCACUGAAGAUCUGUGUGCCAAUUUCGCCAUUUCUGUAAAUACAAUUUGGAAUUUCAUAAGAAUGUGGAUACUGAGGACAAACACACUGCAAUAUGUUCAUUUCAUUGCAAUCAAUACACAAUUUUAUUGCUAAUUUUAUUGAGUUUUGCUUUAUUUGUGAAAAUAAUGAAUUUUUUGUAAAUAAUGAAAAUUUUAGACGGUAGCUUUUGAGGCAUGCGGGCGGUGGACGAAAAUCUAUGACUUUCAUUCCCAUGGCCUUAUGUGGCUUAAAUAAAGCACACUACAUUUUUGGUAACACGUAUACCAAUUACUGGAAGUCAGCCAAGCCAUUAUAAAUAGCGUCAGCAGUUCUUGCUUGAAAUGAAGAAUGGGCGCAGUCAAUGCUGUUUCACAGUUGUGAUUUAAAACAAGAAUGGUUAACAGUGACGCAAUCACAGGCUAUCUAUAAUGGCUCAACUGACUUCUGGUUGGCAUAUGUGAUAAGGAAAGCUUACAGCAUUGGCGGCGUCCACAACUGAUUGAGCUGCAGAGAGCUUUGCUUGCUCCUACAAUGAUGACAUAACCAUUAAUGACUGUACACUAGAAUUGUCUAAUUCGUCUUGAAUGCUCAAAAUAUGAUUAGUUUUCAAAUCGACAGGAAUCAAGCAACUCACCUCUUUUCUUCUUAGUUUCUUUUCUUUACCUUUACCAGAUUUUUUCUAGGUUAAUAAAUACAAAAUGAAUGAUCUUCAGCCGUCUUCAAAAUAUUUAUGAUAUCAACAUCGACAACAUGUGAAAUUUUUUGUGCCUAUUACUUCGCUUUUUAAAAGUUUUAUAACCUCUUGUCUUCAUCCUACAAAAAGAUUUUACUUAAACUACCUCAUAAGUUAAAAUUUUAAGCAGAAUUACCCCCAUUUUUGUGCUACUUUUCAAAAUUCAGACCUUGAAUCGAACAUAAACUUGGAAUUUGCUAAAAAUUUGCAACUACAAUUUAUUUCCCGCGCACGACCGCCAUAAAUAUAUGUCCCUUCUUGUUAGUUUAUACUCCCAUUUAUCCUGUGAUGUAACCUGGUACUCCUGUGUCGCGGGGGGUAUUUUAGAAUAUCUGUAAAAAAACGUAUUUGAAAAAAGCAUUGUAAGAAAGCUGGUAAGAAAGUAAGAAAAUUAAAGUGAGAAAUGGCGAAAAGAAUAAUUUUUCAACAAUAUAAACCAUGGUUUUUAGUAAAAAAUAGGAGAAGAUAUGUUUAAAAUAGUCUGCUUUUACUGAAUAAAAUAAGAUAGUUUUGAUUAAUUUCUACAGUACUUUUAAAUAGCCAUACUUACUGUAGCUAAAUUCUGUAGCUAUAAAUUUCAUAGUUUUUAUUUUUUAACCAUUAGGCCCGCAAUACCUGCUUGCUACACCUUGAUAUCGGGCAGCUAUGUUUUUUACACCGAUGACGUAUGCAAUAUGGCUGAUAGACUGACAGCUGAGUAAAAGGAAAUAAAUAGUUAUUUUUCUUGCUGGAACGCGUUUUAAAAGUCUAUACCACAAAGAUGUCGAACGAAGCGAAAGCUGCCGAGCUUAUGGCUGAAGCAGAAAGGAAAUUAAAGUCGUCACAAGGUUUUCUGGGCGGUUUGUUUGGGUGGGUUCAUAAAUGUUCAAUGUCCACGAAAAUGCCUUUUGUUUAUAUCAUAUUUAUAGCCUAAUCAACUGGCCAUGGUUUGCCAAUGGUGUAUUAUCGUAUCUCAUUUACGUAUACUGCACAAUUACUUUGUUUUGAAUAGCGUGUUCAUAUGUAUUAAUAUAAAUGUGCGCAUUUGAUAUUAAAAUAUACAAAUUUAUUAUGUACAGGGCCCCCUAUAUUUUCUACGUGAAAUUGAGAUUAUUAAUUCAUUAUCAAUAAUAGAAUACCAAUUUUCAUGUAAAGAUUAACACUAAAAUAUGAAAACAUUGUCUGUUCUCAGACUCACAUGAAACGUCAAUGAUUUAAAUAUGCAUUUAAAGGUUUCAAUUAGGCCACUCCAAAUUAGACUUUAGUUUCCCGUCCGGCUCUUAUUUCAAUUUACACGAGGGCGGGCGGUCCAUUAUCCAUUAUGAUGUCUGAAAGAAUCUGAUAUGUCCCAUUAUUCCAUGAAAUAGAUACAUGUUUUAAAUAUUCAUUCAGCCACGUUUCUAUGGAAUGUUUUGGAUUUUUUGUAUGCAGAAAUGAAAGCCAGGAUAUUAAUUAACCUUGUCCUUUUAUGAGGCCCACCAAGGGGUUAUGACCGACAGGCGACAUUCCUUAAAAAGAGGCGACAGACUAUCUAAAAAAGAGCGACAAACGACAGCUUCUGAUUGGGAAAAAGCGACAAAUUGCGAUUUGUGUCAUGGGUUAAAAGUGACAUUUAUGACAAUAAAACUAGCGACAAAGCAGCUUCAAAAUGUGUGACAAGCGACCUGGGUUACACCCUUGUUGGGCCUCUUUUAUUACGUUCGAAAAUCAAAACAUGUAACAGAAGUGUCUAGCUCCGUGGUUACUGUAGUAAAAACGAACAAAAACAACAAUUUGCACUCUUUCAUAAAAGUUUCAACAACUUUAUUUCGAUUUUUACAUAUUAUUAUAAAUAUGUAUUUCUUGAACGAUAGAUUAUUCGAUUUGAUUAUGCAUCCUACUUUAAAUAUUCUUUUAAUUUGUCUAAUGCCAGGCCAUAUCCUCAUUAAAAGGAGAGUCUUGUGCUUUUAUGGGUUAAUGUCCAGGAACCCCUGGCAGGGACGCCAGAAAGUCGAUAAUUCGGGGGCAGAUAUUCAUAUAUUCAUGUUCUGCAUCAUUUAUUUCCUUUGAAAGCGAUUGUUUUUACAGUCUGUGAACACGAAUAUAUGAAUAUCUGCCCCCCCCCCCCAAUUAUCGACUUUCCGGCGUCCCUGACCCCUGCUAAGUUAAAUCAGCUGGCAUUUAAUAACCAUCUGGAGUAAUAUAAUACAGGCAGUGCCAAGUUUUGUGCAUUGCAGUUUACUUGGUUAAAAUGACUCCUGACCUACAUUUGAUUUCCGAAACACAGUUCCUUUAUAAAUCUUGGUGUUCUAUCACUGUGUUAAUUUAGUGGUGCAAGAAAGCAGGAAGAAGCGGCAGACUUAUAUAUCAGAGCUGCAAACACUUACAAACUGGCCAAGAAUUGGACUGGUGAGCUCUUCAUUGUUACUGUAAAGCAGGGGGGCACUCUUUUAGUUGGGGGACCUAAAUGUCUUUGUGCCCCCCCCCCCACACACACACUUUUUAACAAUGGUCAAUAAUAAACCACAAAGUUAAUUGAUAUUAAUUCAGUUAAGCAUGUAGACAAAACAAUUCGAGAUAUUUUAUGACAUUUUGUUACCUAGUAAGGUCCCCUCUACGCGGCAAAAAACGCCGAGCCCGCUGCUCAACAGGAUUGAACAAUGUUUUGCUGCCCACGUUGUUCACACUUGUCAACAAUAUUGAACAGUAUUGUUGAGCCUGAAUCGGGUGUAACAAUAUUGUUCAAAUUGUUCAAUCCUGUUUUCAUCAAUAUUGCAUUAACCUGAGCGUUUUUACGUGUGUAAUAAAUCCCCCCAUAGCAUCUUUUUACCCCCUUCUCCAAUAAUCACACUCAAAUGUGUCAGGGCCCAUUUACACUGGCAAUCUUUGCUGCGAUUUUCAUCUUCUGAUGCAUAUGUGAACAAACUGAUGAGUAAACAAUGUUCUGAGUUUAUGUAUCCUCAUUUGAGCAUUCAUAACUCAUUCCCGUCCAUCAGAAGAAGAAAAUCGCGCAUAAAAUCGCAGCAAAGAUUGCAAGUGUAAACAGGCCUUCAGGUGCACCGUAUUACACAAAAUUUGUACAAUUUGGAAACGUAGAUUCAAUAAAUCAAACCAAAAUGUUAUUCGGAGUUACUGUUCUUUACCCUGGUUCCAGAGGUUUAAAAUAAACCUCUGGUUGAAAGCGGCAAUUGAUUCAUCGAGCCGCGCCAAUCAGUUUGAAUUAGGGUCAGAUCCUGACUCUGUCUCCUGAUUGGAUGAUUGGAUUUAAGCUCUCUGAUUGGUUAUAGAUGUUUUAUUUGAAUCAAUCAGAGAGCUUUAAUACAAUCAUCCAAUCAGGAGACAGAGUCAAGAUCUGACCCUAAUUCAAACUGAUUGGCGCGGCUUGAUGAAUCAAUUGCCGCUUUCAACCAGAGGUUUAUUUUUCCUCUCCCCUUCGCAAUGAAAAUAAUAAAAAUAAACCUCUGGAACCAGGGUACUGUUCUUUUGUAUUUUUGUCCAAUUUGUGAUGCAAGAUAAAUGAAGAAACUAACAACGGAAUUCUAAAAGCAACAUGGCAACUUUUUAAAACUGUAUCUCUACACCUGUAUCAGUCAUUAAUUAUCUGAUGGAUGCAAUGUAUAUUCACACUCUAGCAAGGCUGUAUUAGAAGCUGGUUUAGCUUACGAGAUGUAAUAUGUAUAUAUUUAUUAUUUUUACCUAGGCGCCGGUAAUGCUUUCUGCCAGGCAGCACAAAUUCAAAUUAACCUUUUAGCAAACAAACACGAAGCUGCGACACAUUAUAUUGAUGCUGCCAAUUGUUAUAAGAAAUCUGAUAAUGAUGGUAAAUAUGAGUAAAAUUUUAAAAUACUUCUUUGGAAUGUAAUUUUUUGCAUAUUUUAAUUUGUCUAUCAUUCUGCACUUUGACUCAAUGACUUCAUAUGUCUUCAUUUUUUAGAAGCCAUUAGCUGUUUACAACAGGGCAUAGAAAUCUAUACUGAUAUGGUUAGUUCUCUUUGGUCUUACCUGUUGUCAACAGCAUUAAUUUUAAUGCCUGAUGUUCGCAACCUUCUCUUCUUAAUUAGACUUGCUUUCAUUUUUGAUAGGGCCUAUCCAGUCUCUUAUGAGAUCAGUUGCAUUUUUAAUUGGGCCAUGUAGUCGAUUUAUAUAGCACAAGAGAUUUGAUCUUUUACAACAAUUUGGAAAAAACCUUGAUCAAAUGGUUUUUCAUGUCAUACGUUGUUUUCGAGUGUUUGGAUAUCCCGGUGAGACACGAGCUCGAGUUGUUUAUAUGGCUUCUCAAAUUAAUCGAGACGUAACAGAAUGUUUUCGUUUGCUGAUUUGAAUAGAAUUCUUAACCAAGCAUGACGUAAUUAGGAAUUCUAUUCAAGUAAUUUUGCAUGCGCAAUUAAGAUAUUUGAUGAAAACACUAGUGACUUUCAUCAAGUUUCACCGGGUUAUCCAAAUGGCAUCUUGUGAUCAAAUAGGUAAUCGAUUAUCAUUCGCUGAACUGCUCAUGAAUUAUUAAUGAAUUUGAGAAAUACUAAAUCCUACACUGAAAGUAUACACAAAUAAAUUUUUCAGGUUAUGCCCUAAAAGCUCUGACAUUGUAUUUUGCUUUGGAAGCAGGUAUAUGUGGCCGUCAUGAUCACUAGAAAAGUAGAAAUACAAUGCAAGUGUUCAUUUUUUUCAAGGGGCGUUUUACAAUCGCAGCAAAACAACACAUGGCUAUCGCUGAAAUUUACGAAGGAAGCGUCAUAGAUUUAGAAAAGGUAUACACGGGUACAAUUUCACUGUGUUGUGGAAAUACUUGGAAUAUAAAGUGCUUACAAUUGUCAAUUUUACACUGUUUUAACAAAUGGUCAACAAGUUCACACGUUACUUCAAUAAAUACACUAGGCAAUCUCUCAUUACGAACAAGCAGCAGACUUCUAUCGCGGAGAGGAAUCAAAUAGGUAAGCAUUAUCAAGAUUUUGGCCAUCUCGUUCGAUCCAACUCAAUGUAGAUGGGAUUUUUGUAGUUGGAAUUUGCGCUUGAAAAUCUACAAAAAGCAAUCUACAUUCGGUUCUAUUGAACAAGAUAUCCAAAAUCUUGAUAUUUACUCAUAUACCUGACACUGGCAUCGCCUUAAUAUAUAUGUACAACAAUGCUUGGCACAGGUUAGAUUCCUGCUAGAGGGCCUCAAGUUGUAUUUUUCGCAGCUGCUCCCGGUUAAGUACGUCUAAAAUUGUAUAAAUUUUGUUCCAUCUAAAAAAUUUAGUUCCAUCUAUAAAAUCUCCUUGAAAUCCAUCUACAAAAAUCCCAAGCAUUAUCAUAUUAAAUCUCACCAAACACUUACUCUCUCCAUGACAAUCAUUUCACCACAGCUUGAAAGAGCAUCACAAAAUUAGUAAUAUUCCGAAGUUUCGUUGCAAAAUGUUGUAAAAUGCGGAUAAUAUAGCAUUGCGAAGUUUGCCGUUUUCCAGUCAUUUUGUAUUACGCACGGGAAAUUGAUACCGCUUUCUGAAAAAAGGUAUCAAUUUCCCGUUUGUAAUACAAAAUGACUGAAAAACGGCAAACUUCGCAGGGCUGUGUUAUCCGCAUUUUACAACAUUUUGCAACGAAACUUCGGAAUAUUACUAAUUUUGUGAUGCUCUUUCAAGCUGUGGUGAAAUGUUUGUCUAGACUUGUCUAGAUCAAAAUUUUGUUCAUUAGGGAAUAGAUCCAUUGAAGGAAUUUUGCAAUACCAACAAGGCUUUACGUCAUAUUACGUCAUCGUACGCAUUGUGUACCUACUUUUACGUAUUAAUGUACGUACUGUUCAUUAAGGGUGUGAUAAAAUUUGACAUGCAUAUUUUUUGCAGUUCUGCCAACAAGUGUUCACUGAAAGUAGCCCAGUACUCGGCUCAGAUGGAAAACUACCAAAGAGCUAUUGAAAUUUAUGAACAAGUAUAUAUUUCAUACAGUUUGUACUUUGUGUAGUUGAUAAUAUAUAGUGUUCCUUUCGAAACUAGUUCUGUUUUUACAUUCUCCAGGUGGCUGCAGACGCUAUCGAGAGCUCGCUGUUAAAAUACAGUGCCAAAGAAUAUUUUUUCAAAGCUGCUUUAUGUCACAUGUGUAUUGACGCUCUGGAAGCACAAAGAGCUGUAGACAAAUAUUGUGAUAUGUAUGCCGCUUUUCAAGACACCAGAGAAUGUAAAUUACUCAAGGUAAAAUUCUCAUUUGUAAUUGCAAGUCCAAGGUGGGGCGCAAUAUUGAUGGCAUUCUUCCAUAAAUCAUCUUAAAUUACAUAAAAAAGUUGUGUUAUACAUGUAUCUUUUUUAAACUUUUUCAGGCGUUACUCGAGGCUCAGGAGGAGGAAAAUGUAGAAGCAUUUACAGAAGCGGUAAGAGAAGCAAAAUCUUUCA